AUGCCAAACGUCCUUCUUCACAAUAGGGCAUCCCCAAACGGCACAACAGACGGGCAAACCAACCAUGUUAACGUCCAAAUGGACCAACUAAUCGGACAACCCAACCAAAUAAUUGGUCGACCGAACCAGCUCCCCUCACUGAGCAGCAACAACAACUCCCCAAAAAACCGCGACCAACGGAAAACGAAACGCACAACAGUCAAAAAAACAAGUAUCGAAAAAAGAAAAGUGAAACAGUCGUACCAUAACGCAGAAAAUUUACCCAUUGGGGUGUACUUUUAUCAAGGCUCCUAUGUAGCCAAUUGGUGGGAAACACAACAAAAAAAACAAUUCAAAGUUCCUUUUAAAAUUUCAGAGCAUGGAAUAACCAAAGCCAAAAAUCUAGCCAUCAUUUCCAGAAUUAUUAGAUCAUCCUCUGUACAACAAGUCAAUUUCAUUUUAUCUCAAAUGGAACAAACAAAGGACAUCACAAAGUUGGACUAUGGCGCCAUGGCCGCGUUAGCAGAGAAAUAUAUAUUAACAAAACCUCCGAGAGAGGAGCAAUAA